AUGUCUUCGGUUCUCAACAAGAGGUACAAGGUCUACGUGGCCGAAUUCCUCAGAUUCCACAAGAAUUAUUACACCAUCUUUGUUCAAAUGGACAACAACUACGGACAAACCUUCCAAGUCACAGGCAACCUUCAGCAGGGCAUGGAGUACCGCAAAGUUGGUCCAACAAAUCCUGAGGAUGAUCCGACACAUAUCGCAUCUCACCUGGUCGGCACAAUUGACGUCAUGAAAUUCUCUGAGAUUGACCAAAUCUGUCGCCAAAUUCCCCCGCCAGCGAAGCAAUUUCUCGGAGCCAAGCGCACCAACCCCAGCGAACCACUGAGAAACUACACAGAAUGGGUCAUGCAGGUCAUCAACGCUCUCGAAGCUCAAGGAAUUCUUCUACGCGAGGACAACUAA